AUGUCUUCCUCUGAUGAGUCGAGUCGAGUCGAGUCGCAUGCUAUGAAUGCACCAGAACAGACUGCUGUUCAAGACCUGCUGUUGCUCGACCGAACAGAUGUUUGGAUUGGACAGAUUCUGCCCUUUCUGGGAAUUGGACACUACGCCUUUGUUGGAGCUGUGAACAAGAGAAUGAAAUAUCUCUACAAAGAAUACUGUGAAAAAGGCGUGGAUAGUCCUCCUCUUGCUCUACGUGGUGGACGUUACAAGGUUUGCACUCAAAUUGCCAAGCUUGGCAAUCUUGCGGUGUUUCAAUGGGCCUCUUCUAUGGGAUUCAAUCCAAGUUGGACUUCAAAGACACGCCAAGCUGCUGCUCGAGAAGGGCAUCUAGAUGUCCUACAACAGGCACUGGAAAAUGGACGCCCCUGGGAUGCUGGCAGUGCUGCUCGAGGUGGGCACCUGCACGUGCUGGAAUGGCUGCAUGAACAGGAAUUACACGGCUGCUCUUUAUGGACAACUAGAAGUUUUGAUUUGGGCACAUAA